AUGGGUUUAUUGGACAGACUCGUAGUUUUUUUGAAAAUAAAAAAGCGUCAAGCAUCCGUGCUCGUCGUAGGGCUCGACAACAGUGGCAAAUCGACUAUCCUCAACCAUUUCAAACCAGACGAACAGAAGUCGAUCGAAAUCGUCCCAACGAUCGGCUUCAGCGUGGAAACUUUCAAGAUUAAGAACCUCAACCUCACGGCUUUCGAUAUGUCCGGUCAAGGCAGGUACCGGAACCUGUGGGAACAUUACUACCAGGACGCUCAGGGAAUCAUUUUCGUGAUUGACUCGACGGACGCUCUCCGCAUGGUUGUGGUCAAAGAUGAGCUCGAACUCCUCUUGCAACACAAGGACAUCAAGAACAGAUCGGUCCCGAUACUGUUUUUUGCCAAUAAGAUGGAUCUCAGAGACGCUCUGUCCAGCGUCAAAGUCAGCCACGCUCUCGGUUUGGACUCGCUAUGUACAAAAAGCUGGCACAUUUGUUCGUCGAACGCCGUGACGGGAGAAGGCGUUCGUGAGGGUCUUGAAUGGUUGAGCGAGCAGAUACAGCUCAAUUUGAGCAAUAACUAG